AUGAAUGCUUGCUUGCUCUUCCUCGCUACCACUGUUUCCCUCCAUGUCCUGAGUAUUCUAAAAGUAACAGGAAAUGAUCGUUAUCAUCAACCUGGCGAUGUCACCCUCGGUGGUCUCUUUCUGCUACAUUACACAACUGAAGACGGUCAGUGUGGCAAAUUCUUCCCAAUCGGGCUUGGACACGUAGAGGCAAUGAUAUUUGCCAUCCACAAAAUAAACAGUGAUCCAUUCCUGCUUCCAAACAUUACGUUAGGGUUUGAAAUACGGGACUAUUGCGAGAGUGCUGCAAAGGCAAUGGAACACACCUAUGACUUUGUGCGACUAAACGAAAUCUUAACAGAAGCCCAAAACGCCAGCUGUAAACAUACAAACAAGAAGAACAUAACGCAAAGCGAGGAAAAGCCAAUAACAGCAGUCGUUGGCCCGACGGAUUCUGGGAGUGCUGUUCUCGUGGCAAGCCUGCUGCGAGUGGGUGGAGUUCCAGUCAUUAGUCACUCGGCAACAAGCAACGAGUUAAGCUCACCGCUGUACCGUCACUUCUUUCGCACUGCCCCCCCCGACGGACAACAGGCAAGUGCAAUGGCUGACCUCAUAGAACACUUUAACUGGAGCUAUGUAGCUGCUGUGGCAAUGGACGAUUCUUACGGCCGAAAUGGAGUAUGGAAGCUGGAGUCUGAAGCCGACUAUAGAAAGACGUUCUGCUUGUCUUUUGCCGAAUACAUACCCCGCCAAGAGUACAUUGCCAAGCUAAAAAGGGGCGUCAGCAAGCUCAAAAGCCAUCCCAAUAUUCGCGUUGUGGUUUUAUGGCUAUUUGGCGGCUACGGACGGAGAUUUCUCAAAGAAGCUGUACAACAGAACUUGGUCGAUCGUACCUGGAUCCUAAGCGACGCUUUAGCAACAGAAGACGAUGUAUUUGUCGGGUUAAAAAGAACGGAUCAAAAAAUUCUCCACGGCUCACUCGGACUACAACCUAGAAUGUUAGACAACAAAGAUUUCGAAAAGUUUCUAGUCAACGAAUCCCUUAGAUUACUAAAUGUUAAACAAGUUCCUUGGUGGCAAGAAUUUUGGAAGAGCGAGGAUAGUAGACACUGCUCUUCCCUAACGGUUCUCAGUGAACAAAAAUAUUGUAUACAAAUAGUGCUUCGCACAAUAUACGACACUUAUAUUCCUUAUGUUGUGGAUGCUGUUUAUGCAAUUGCUCAUGCUCUUCAUGAACUGAUCAACAAUUGUUCAAGACUGGGCUGUGAAAAGUCUACAAAAACAGGAAGCGGUGUGUUCCCUUUUCUGAGCUCGAGAUAUGUCGAGGAUUUUCUUCGCAAUGUUAACUUUACGGGAAUGACUGGACAGGUCCGUUUUGAUAAGUUCGGAGAUCCUUUGGGGUCUUCUUAUGACAUUGUCCAUUUCAAAACGAAUGACACAUCAAAUAGCCAGGAUCCAGUAAAACUGGUUAUCGGUUCAUGGGAAAAAAAUCGCAAGAACAAACUUCAGCUAAAUUCCAACAACAUCAGGUGGAAUACAAUCAGCAGCCAAGGGUUUGUUCCGAAGUCUUUCUGUCACGAGGAUUGUCCUACGGGCACGUUUACGUCAGUCACUACCCCAUGCUGCUGGAAGUGUCUCAGAUGCCCUACUGGAACUAUUAGUAGUCAGAUAAAUGAUAUGAACUGUACGGAAUGUCCUCAAGGACAAACGCCUAAUGAAAGUCGGUCAGAAUGCUUGGAUCUUCCAGAAAUUGAGAUAAAAUGGUCAAGUCUCGCAUCUGUCCUGGUAAUACUGUUUGCGGUAAUUGGAUUCCUACUCGUUGCCAUUUGCAGUUUCAUCCUUUAUAAACACAGAAUGACACCACUGGUAAAAGCUUCAAACCGUGAACUAAGUGCAAUUCUUAUGUUCACCAUCACGACGUCUUUUUCUGUGUCCAUUUUAUCUCUCGCUAAGCCGACCGACUUUAUAUGCACUUUGGUGAAUUGUGUAAGAUCCAUGGUUCUUGUGACUUUUAUCUCCGUAUUGGUAAUUAAAACAAUGAAGAUACUAAGUGCUUUCCAAAUAAACGUCAUCGCAAAGAGGUUCAAAGAGUUUAUUUUAUCUACGAAGAGCCAAUCACUUCUUGUUCUGCUAUUUAUUUUACCUCAAGUUAUUUUCUUAACCUUAUGGGUUGCCUUAGAUUCACCGCAUCAACGAAGAAUCUUACCGCCAGUUGAAGGUAUGAUCCUUCUCUCUUGUUCGUUACACCAAUCAUCGACUGGCUUGGCAAUGCAAAUCGUUAUAUCGGUCUAUAUUUCGAUUCUCGCUGUUGUUUGUACAUUUUACGCUUUUAAAGCAAGAUCACUGCCUGAAAACUUUAACGAGGCAAGAUAUAUUGGAUUUGCCAUGUACAUUUUGCUGCUGUCGUCUGUGGGGUAUCUACCCAUUAACAUCGGUCUUUAUGGCUCGUACGCAACAAACUUGAAAUGCGCGAUGACGCUUCUUAGUUGCUAUGGUAUAUUAACCUGCAUGUUCUUCCCGAAGAUUUACGUGAUCAUACUUAAACCUGAACAAAACACUCAUCAAGCAGUAAGUUCACAAGUGUCAGAAUUCUCUUUUAACAAUUUCUUUAGAGGAAAAGUUACAACUGUUUCUCCACAAAAACCCGACCUUGUAAGUCAUCAAAAACAGUCGCAUUUAGAGUUUGCUUCUGUUAGUAGCUUGACAGAUUAG